GUCCCUGCGGCUGGGACUCCAGAUCUCCUUGGAUUACUGGUGGACCAAUCACAUCGUCUUGAGAGGCCUGGAUAAGAACAGCCCGGAGUACGCGGCUGCCGUCUCCAGGUGCCACCAGCGCUCGGCCGACAGCAUCGUCUUCGGGGCCAUCCAGAACGGGGGUCUCUACAUCAAGCUGGGCCAGGGCCUGUGUGCCUUCAACUACAUCCUGCCCCCGGAGUACGUCAACACGCUGCGCACCUUGGAGGACCAGGCGCUCCGGCAGGGAUACUCGGAGGUGAGGUGCAGUACAUCGACCUGAGAGACCGCUUUGACGGGGACAUCCGCACCCUGGAACUCCUGCUGUGGAUCGUGGAGCUGAUGCCCCCCAGUUUUGGCUUCGCCUGGGUCUUGCAGGUAUCUUGUGGGAGGGGGGCUUCAGGCCCAGAGAGGAGCCCCUCUCACCGCUUCCUUGAUCCCCCUGCGGCACCCCAAAUUCAAUUGCCGCUGAGGAUGUUCCCUAGUUGGGUCAUGAAACGUCUGCAAAAACCCCCAGGAAGCUCAGAGAGUCCCGAGGGCGGCUGUUGCUGGAGGCUCUUAUCCCCUUUUGAGACCCCUCCCCUUCCUCUCCCCCUCCAGCCAGCAGAGAAACUGAUCAAGAUGUUUGCCGAGCAGAUCUUCUUCACCGGAUUUAUCCACGCGGAUCCCCACCCGGGAAACGUGCUGGUGCAGAAGGGCCCAGAUGGGAAAGCACAGCUGGUUAUCCUGGAUCACGGCCUCUACGAGGUCCUUCACGAGAAGGAGCGGGAAGCUCUGUGUAAGCUCUGGCGCGCCAUCAUCCUGCGGGACGACGCCUCCAUGCAGCUGCAUUCCAAGCAGCUGGGCGUAAAAGCCCAGGAUUACUUGGUCUUCUGCGAGAUGCUGCUGCAGCGGCCCAUCAACAUGGCGGAGCUGGUGCUGUCCAACGUGUUGACGGCGGAGGAGACGGCCUACAUGCGCGACAUGGCUAAGCACCGCUUCGACUGCGUCAUGCGGGUGUUGAGGGACCUGCCCCGCUCCAUGCUGCUCGUCUUCCGGAACAUCAACACCGUCCGGAGCAUCAACGUGGCCCUGGGGGUCCCCGUGGACCGCUACUACCUCAUGGCCAGAAG